GACAGAAGAGAGUUUGAAAGGAUCAGGCAGCUAAAGAUAAAGCCAUGCAGAGUAUGGCUACAAUGUCAUCUGCCCAGAUCAUCUCUGCAACUGCCUUCCACAGUAAAAUGGUAUUGCCUGGCCUCCCGCGACCAGCCUACCCUGCUGUGUCUGGGUUUUGGCAAGGAGCUUUGCCAGGCCAAGCUGGAUCCUCUCACGACGUGAAACCUUUUUCUCAACAAACCUAUGCUGUUCAACCUCCACUCCCGUUACCAGGGUUUGAGUCUCCUGCUGGCCUCUCACCUUCCCCAUCGGCUCCUCCUUGGCAGGGGCGAAGGGUUGCCAGCUCCAAACUUUGGAUGUUAGAAUUCUCUGCAUUCUUGGAACAACAACAAGACCAAGACACGUAUAACAAGCACCUGUUUGUUCACAUUGGCCAGUCAAGCCCCAGCUACAGUGACCCCUACCUCGAGGCGGUGGACAUCCGGCAGAUCUAUGACAAGUUCCCUGAGAAGAAAGGGGGCCUGAAGGAGCUCUUUGAAAAGGGGCCACCCAAUGCCUUCUUCCUUGUCAAGUUCUGGGCUGAUUUGAACACCAACAUUGAAGAUGAAUCCAGAUCUUUCUAUGGUGUUUCCAGCCAAUAUGAAAGCCCAGAAAACAUGAUCAUUACCUGCUCCACUAAAGUGUGCUCCUUCGGAAAGCAGGUGGUGGAGAAAGUGGAGACGGAGUACGCACACUAUGAAAAUGGACACUAUUCCUAUCGCAUCCACCGCUCCCCUCUGUGUGAAUACAUGAUUAAUUUCAUCCAUAAACUCAAACAUCUCCCAGAGAAAUACAUGAUGAACAGCGUGCUGGAGAACUUUACUAUUUUACAGGUUGUGACGAACAGGGACACUCAAGAGACCUUGCUGUGCAUAGCAUAUGUUUUUGAGGUGUCAGCUAGUGAACAUGGUGCCCAGCAUCACAUCUACCGGCUGGUGAAGGACUAGAGAUUCUCUGCCCAGGAACUGCCUCCGUGAAUAUAUAUCUGAGUGAAACGCCCGUGCCUAACCCCCGAUACCAAUCCGAAAAAAUAAACUGCAGACGUGGUGUAUUUUCAGAAAAGAA